UAUCCUUUACUACAAAUGUUUCUUUUCUUGUUUUCAUGGUAGUUUAUGAGCUUUCCUGUUUUAUUAAAUCUCUCUUAAUUAGUAUUUUGGUUGAUGCUAUUAAAUAUGUAAAUUUGCAAUGAUUCUGGAGUAAUCUGUUCUUCAAAUGUUUCUUCUACUAGCUUUGGGUGGUGGUAUAUUAUAUUGUAAAAAAGAAACGAGUUCAAUUGAAAAGAGUCAACCUACUGCACUUAAAGAGAAGAGAUUUCGAAAGCCUACUCUUAGGUACAUUGAAGAGACUUCAAAUUCAAGGUCAAAGGAAAAGGUACCAACUGUUGGUACAAAAAGAAAACAUUCAAGUGCCUCAUCAUGUGAUGAGCUUCAUAUAAGAAUUAAAGCAUUAAGAAAGAUUCGAGUUGAGAAGUCUAGUAAUGGAAUUAGUGAUGUGACAAUCCCAAAGUUGAAAGCUUGUAGGGGCCGACCAAAGAAAGAGAAACUUGACGAUGAGGAGGCAUUUUCCUUGGAUUCUGAGGAUAAAUGUUUGACACCAAAAAGAUCUAAAAAGAAAGAUCGGAGAAAGCAUCAGAGGAUGUGGACUCUCUUUGAGGUUAUUAAGUUGGCUGAUGGCAUAUAUGAAUAUGGAGUUGGUAGAUGGACAAAUAAAAAGAGGUUUUCAUUUUCAUCUUCAAGCUAUCGAACACCCAUAGAUCUCAGGGUAUUUCACAAAGCCUUGUCUAUUUCAAUUGUUUCCUUCUUUGCAAACCUAGAGUUUCUAGUUAUUUAAAGUUAUGAUAUCAUAUAUAUAAUGUAACUUAAUCAUAUUGACCAG